AUUAACAACUAACUUGAGGCUGUGAAAAAACUGCACCAUCACAUUGCCACUCACCUCUGCUGUUCCCACCUCCUCCCCCAUCAAAUUUCACCACCAUGGCCGCCGCCGCUGCCGCCACCGGAGCCUCCUUCUUCGCCACUUCCUUAAGGGGUUCACGGUCCAAGCACUGGCUCUCUGAUUCUCUCCUCGCAACCCCAUCCACUCAAGUUUUGCCUAUAUUGUCCCGCUCUCUAGCCAUUGAAUCGCCUCUGCUCAGAGCUUCCUCGGAGAAGUGGCGGCCGGUUAUGAUAAUCUCGGCCGCCGUUGUGCAAGGAGAGACCGCUGUGACGGUUGGAGUUGAAGAGGGUGUGGAGGAGGAGACGGAGGUGGAAGGUGGUUCUCCAGUGGAGUCUGGGAGUACUAAGCUGUACUUUGGGAAUCUGCCUUACAGUGUUGAUAGUUCACAGCUCGCCGCUAUCGUUCAGGAUUAUGGUAUCGCCGAGCUCAUUGAGGUUCUAUAUGACAGGAAUACUGGAAAAAGUAGAGGAUUUGCAUUUGUAACCAUGAGCAGUAUUGAAGAUUGCAAUAAAGUGAUUGAAAAUCUGGAUGGAUCUGCUUACAUGGGCAGAAUUUUGAGGGUUAAUUUCUCAGACAAACCCAAGCCCAAGGAACCUUUGUAUCCAGAAACUGAGUAUAAACUUUUUGUCGGAAACUUAUCUUGGUCAGUAACAUCUGAAAUUUUGACACAAGCAUUUCAAGAAUAUGGAAAUGUGGUAGGAGCAAGAGUCAUUUAUGACGGGGAGACCGGAAAGUCACGUGGUUAUGGCUUUGUUUCUUAUUCAACAAAAUCAGAAAUGGAAACAGCUCUUGAAACUAUUAAUGAACUGGAACUUGAAGGCAGGGUAAUACGUGUAAGCUUGGCUGAAGGAAAACAGGCACAUGGGUAGAUGUAGAAAUGAUUUUGUAUGUCAAGCAUACAGUGACUAAUCAAGAAAUGGGAAAGAAAUUCUAGCUGGCUGUUACUGAACUAACUGCUUGUGACAAAAUCUUCCCUCUCCUUUCUUGUUGUAUAUACCUCAUUUCCCACUUUUGUACCUUACAAGCUAAAUUCAGAGGGAAUUUUUUUCUGUCUCCGACAUUUGUUGUAGAGAUAUCAUAUCAAACUUGAGUUGAUCCCAAAGCUAAAAAUGGUUGUACCAUGCAUGAUUGAGAAUGUAAUGGCUAUGAAAGAAUGUCUACCUUGCUAUUGCUGCUCAAA